CAAUCCUGCAGUAAGAAAAAACUAGUGAGCGAUUGAUGGCGGCUGACUUGGACCUGGACGACGUGAUCCAGCGCCUCCUGGACGCGGAGGCGCCCCUCAUCAGCUCGCCGUCCACCGCCCCGCCGCUGAAAGGCGAGGAGAUCCGGCACCUCUGCGCGGCCGCCAAGGAGCUGCUCCUCAAGCAGCCGACGCUGCUCGAGCUCUCCGCCCCCAUCAACAUCUGCGGCGACAUCCACGGCCAGUACGCCGACCUCCUCCGCCUCUUCCGCGAGACCGGGCCGCCCUCCGCCGCCAAUCGCUACCUCUUCCUCGGCGACUACGUCGACCGGGGCACGCAGAGCAUCGAGACCAUCUGCCUCCUCCUCGCCUACAAGGUCAAGUACCCGGACGCCUACUUCCUCCUCCGCGGCAACCACGAGUGCGCCGCCGUCAACAAGCAGUACGGCUUCUACUCCGAGUGCGCCUCCCGCGCCCGCCGCAUAGUCAGGCUCUGGGAGGAACUCAACGCCGUAUUCGCCUGCCUCCCGCUGGCGGCGCUCGUCGGCUGCGAUAGUAAAAAGAACAACAAGAAGAAGAUCCUGUGCGUGCAUGGAGGGCUCUCGCCGGAGCUCGAGAGCCCGGACCAGAUCUGCCAGAUCAAGCGCCCGCUGGCCGACGUCCCCGAGUCCGGCCUCGUCUGCGACCUGCUGUGGUCGGACCCCGCCGCGGACGGCGACGAUUGGGGGUGGGGGGACCCGCGCAGGAGCACGUCCUUCACCUUCGGCGCCGACGUGGUGGAGGAGUUCUGCGAGAGGCACGGGCUGGCCAUGGUGUGCAGGGCGCACGAGAUGAAGGAUGCCGGGUACGACCAAGAGUUCGCCGGCGGGAAGCUUGUGACUGUGUUCUCUGCACCCAACUACUGCGGCAAGUGCGGCAACGACGGCGCCGUCAUGACCGUCGCCGGUGACCUCGCCUGCUCCUUCCGCGUCUUCCACCCUGAGACUACUGCCACUCCUCCGGCUCCUAUCUGUCUUUAGUCCAACAUACAUAUGUUAGUUCCAGACGCCUUGCCAUGUAAUCCCCAGCUCGUCGCGUCUUGGAUUAUUGAGACUGCAUAAUUUCAGUUUUUAACGCCUAAUUCAAUUUUUACCUUAUCCUAUAUAUUUAAGAGAUUCAUCCCACUAUCA